UUGUCCAUACCUAUGGUUGUACAAGUUAGGUUAGUUUCACUUGCAAACUAGCCGUUUUAUUAUAAGAAAGCUUAAAUAAAAGCAGUAUAUUGUGUGUAUUUUCAAAAACUAAAAGUACACUACCAAAAUGCCGCGUGUUAUGAUAAAAGGUGGUGUUUGGCGAAAUACAGAAGAUGAAAUACUUAAAGCGGCUGUUAUGAAAUAUGGCAAAAAUCAAUGGUCCCGAAUAGCAUCUCUAUUACACAGAAAGUCUGCAAAACAGUGCAAAGCUAGAUGGUAUGAAUGGCUCGAUCCUAGUAUAAAAAAGACAGAAUGGUCUCGUGAAGAAGACGAAAAGCUUUUGCAUUUAGCAAAACUUAUGCCAACUCAGUGGAGAACAAUAGCACCAAUAAUUGGACGAACAGCUGCCCAAUGUUUAGAAAGAUAUGAGUAUUUAUUAGAUCAAGCACAAAAGAAGGAAGAAGGUGAAGAUGCUGCAGAUGAUCCACGUAAACUUAAACCAGGUGAAAUUGAUCCAAAUCCAGAAACAAAGCCUGCCCGACCUGAUCCCAAGGAUAUGGAUGAAGAUGAAUUGGAAAUGCUUUCUGAGGCAAGAGCCAGGUUAGCUAAUACUCAGGGUAAAAAAGCAAAGCGUAAAGCAAGAGAAAAACAAUUAGAAGAAGCCAGACGAUUAGCAGCAUUGCAGAAAAGGCGUGAAUUAAGAGCUGCUGGUAUUGAGGUAGCAUCUAGAAGAAGAAAGAAACGUGGAGUAGAUUACAAUCAAGAAAUUCCUUUUGAAAAAAGGCCAGCUCCUGGAUUCUAUGAUACCUCUAAUGAAGUAAUAGAUCCAAUGGCCCCUGAUUUUGGAAGAAUGAGGCAACAACAGUUGGAUGGUGAACUAAGAAGCGAAAAAGAAGAGAAAGAGCGACGUAAAGAUAAACAAAAGCAGAAACAGCGCAAGGAAAAUGAUAUUCCAUUGGCUAUGUUGCAAAAUCAAGAGCCGGCUAAAAAACGAUCAAAACUUGUACUACCAGAGCCUCAAAUAUCGGAUCAAGAACUUCAACAAGUGGUUAAAAUUGGUCGUGCCAGUGAAGUAGCAAAGGAAGUAGCUUUGGAAAGUGGAGUGGAGUCUACAGACACACUUCUCAAUGACUACUCUCAGGCAGCAGCUACACCACGAACUCCUGCCCCUCAAACCGACAGAAUUUUACAGGAAGCACAGAACGUAAUGGCUUUAACACACGUCGACACGCCCCUCAAAGGAGGUGUAAAUACACCUUUACAUAACUCAGACUUCAGCGGAGCAUUGCCUCAAACACAAGCAGUGGCCACACCCAAUACGGUCUUAUCUACACCUUUUAGAUCGACAAGGAGCGAUGGAGGUGGAACACCUAGCAGUGGUUUUAACACACCUAGGAGUGGAGCGGUUGUUCCUGCAGGGCAAGUAAGUAUAAUUUCAUUAGCUAAAUUACAUCUUCUUAAUCGAAAGUCAUUUAAUAAGGCUAACCAAACCCCAGCAUCAAUCAGAGAUAAAUUAAACAUAAACACUGAAGUUUCGGACAUUCGGGGAACUCCUGCGGCUCAUAAAAGUUUAAAAGAGCAACUACGCGUCGGUCUCAGUGGUUUACCUGCCCCUCGAAACGACUAUGAGAUUGUAGUACCAGAAAACGAACAAGAAGAAGUCAUCAAUCAAGGAAAUGAACAAUUCAUCGAAGAUCAAGCAGAUAUUGACGCCCGGAAAUUGGAAGAAGAAAAGGCUAAAGCCGCUCAGGAACUGGCCCUUCGCUCACAAGUCAUUCAGAGAGAUUACCCCCGACCACAUGACGUUAACAUGUCAGUCCUGCGACCUCCGCAAGAGUCCCACUCCUUAACCGAACUCCAAAAAGCAGAGGAACUUAUUAAGAAAGAAAUGGUCACCAUGCUCCACUACGAUAGCAUUCACAAUCCUAUUCCACCACCUUCGCAUCAAUCCAAAAAGCAAACUGUAACCCAAGCUCAACAAUUGGCAUACUUAGAACAACAUCCCUAUCAAAAGUUUCGGAAAGAAGAGCUGGAAUCAGCAAAACAAUUACUCAAACGUGAAAUGGAUGUGGUUAAAAGAGGAAUGAAUCACGGCGAUCUCUCUUUAGACGCGUACACUCAAGUAUGGGAGGAAUGUUUAGCCCAAGUGCUAUUUUUGCCUAAUCAGAAUCGAUAUACACGUGCUAACUUGGCUAGCAAGAAAGAUCGAUUGGAAUCGGCUGAGAAGAGACUGGAACAAAACAGAUCUCACAUGGCACGAGAAGCGAAAAGGGCAGCAAAAAUGGAGAAAAAAUUGAAAAUAUUAACCGGAGGAUACCAAGCCAGGGCACAAGUAUUAAUUAAACAAUUGCAUAAUUUAUACGAACAAAUCGAUCAAGCUAAUUUAGAAUUGAGCACGUUCAAAUUCUUACAAGAACAGGAGAAGAAUGCACUACCCAGAAGAAUACAGUCUCUCACGGAAGACGUUAAUCGGCAGAUUGAGAGAGAAAAGGCCCUACAAGCUCGAUAUGGUCAAUUACAGGAACAAAUGAGAGAAUUGCAAGAUAUGAUUAGCAAACAACAGUGAACUAUAUGUUAGUUUUCUUUUUAAAUCCUAUAUAAUUAUAUUAUUAAAU